AAUCUUCCCUAAUCUUGAGCAAGGCAUGUUAUAAUCCGCAUGUUAUAAUCCGCCGUGGUGGGGCAAUGCGAGGCAACAAAAGAGGCGUGGGGAGGAGGAGGAAGAGGAGGAGGAGGAGGAGGGCGGAAGGGAAGCAAAGUUCACUCGGCUGGGCUGUCAAAACCCGGCCCAGGUGAAGAAGGAGCGAGAGGGAGCUCGGCUGCCUGCCUGCCUGCCAUGAAGACCGCGGGGAUCUUCCUCUUCCACGGCCUGGCCCUGGCCUGGUACGCCUACCUGGUCUACGCCAUCAGCCUCAUCACCAGGAAGAACACGGAGAAGCCCUCCGACGUCUUAGCCUACGGAGGGCAGUGGAAGUUCCUCACCGUCCUCAACCUGGUUGUUCAGGCCAUUUUCUAUGGAGUCUCCAUGCUUACUGAUGCAUUUGUACUAAUGAAGAAACAUCGAAUUGCCAAGUCCAUGUUUUCCUUCAGAGAUCUGCUAUUUGGUGGCCUGGCUUUUCCUCUGUCUAUGUUUGUGUUUACAAGCUUUUGGAUGUUAUACUCUUAUGACCGGGAGUUAGUUUACCCCAAGAGCCUUGACUUGGUCUUUCCUGUCUGGAUGAAUCAUGCAAUGCACACUGCUAUAUUCCCCUUGGCCGUAUUGGAUCUCUUCAGCACCCCUCGCCGUUAUCCGUCAAAGGGGAAAGGGCUCAGCCUAUUAGGAAUUGCUGGUUUUUCCUAUUUGUGUUGGGUCCUAUGGAUUUACUCUGUGACUGGAAAGUGGGUAUACCCCGUGUUUGAGGCUCUAAAUCCACUCGCCAAAGCAGGCUUUUUUCUGGCGAGUUUUAUCAUCCUAUUGAUUAUAUAUAACAUAGGAGAAUUUUUCUGUCGCAUGAUUUGGGGUGACUCAAUAGUAAUACUUGACAUUUACAAGAAGAAGAGCAAAUGAAACAUUGAUGUGCCUGCAUAAGAUCUAGAGGAGUUAUGAAACCAAGGAAGACCAAUUAUGAAACCAGUGAAGACGAAUAAGGAGAUCUUCUUGUUUGAAACUUUUAUUCAGCCCAUUUGAACAUUUCGUAUAUUUCAAUGAAUAUAAAGAUUAUCCUCCGCACAAAGAAAACUAGCUUCAGGUGGUACUUUGGGGAAUCUGGCUGGGCAAAUUCAGGAAGGAUUCACUGGAGUUCAUAAAUCUCAGAAGAAGUCCCACACUGCAUCGAGCCACAUGCCAAGCCUGAUGAAAUUAGUCUAGUUUCUUGGCAUGUGCAAAUUAAUAGCCAGUGCAUAUCAUGGUAUAGAAUUCUGUAAAACAUGUUUAGAUGCAAUACCACCCUUAUCUGUCUCUAGCCCCUCACUGAGGUCAUGAUGGAAUCACAGUAGUCUUGAAGGCCUUGGAUGUUCAUGCAUGCUUUUCAUGAUGUUCUGGAAAUGAGAAUUCCUACAAUGCUCGUUGUCUGAUAAAGGCCUUCUAGUGCAGAUUAAGUUCUUCUCCCAUCUCUCAAAGAGCAGAUUUAAGGAUGAAAGAUGGGAGAAGCCUAUACGGAGAGGAUCAUUGCAAGGUGGAGUGUUUAUGGCUCUCAUAGAUGACUACACUGAAGGCCUCUGGGGAGGUACAGCCUAUAAGACCUGAUACAGAUCACAUAUAGAGUUAAAAUAACACUAAACAAUUUGGUACACUACAGCCUUCUCAAAAUCAGUCUGGUGAUUAACAUGGGAUAGAACUGGAUGAUGGCACUCUUCUACUCAGGGGCCCUUCCACACAGCCAAAUAACCCAGAAUAUCAGGGCAGAAGAACCCACAAUAUCUGCUUUGAACUGGGUUAUUUGAGUCCACUGCCACAUAUUCCAGUUCAGUGCCUUAGAAUAAGUCUUCCCUUAUAUCAGCAUGACUGCAAUAAAAAUAUUUAGAAAUAUUAAGUAUUUUUUAAAAGAUAUUUCGAGAUUCAUGCCAAUUCUGUGGCUUUUUUCAUUUGGGUUUCACAUAUGCUGAUCUGGAGUCAAAAUCAUGCCAUUAUGGUGGCUUUGUGAACGCACUGACAAAUUGUAUCAACAUAUAUAUCUCUGCCAUAUUUUAUGUUCAUUUGCUAACCUUACUCGCUAGUUUCUGUGAUUGGCCUCAGUGUCUUAUUAUGGCUUAGAGCCCUGGAACAAUUUUGAAAAGAAAAAAUAAAGAAAUGAAUAUGACCCAUGAUGUUAUUUUGUGGUCACCAUUUACAAGAAAUAAACGCAAUGUCAGCA